UGAAGGGAUAAUGUUCAAUGUUGUUAGUGGUUAUGCCCCACAGGUAGGAUGUGAGUUAAAAGAGAAGGAGAAAUUCUGGAGUGAGUUAGAUGAAGUGAUGCAGAGCAUCCCCAAAGGUGAAAGAGUGGUGAUCGGUGCAGACUUCAAUGGACAUGUUGGGGAAGGGAACAGAGGUGAUGAAAAUGUGAUGGGCAGGUUUGGUCUUCAGGACAGGAAUGUAGAAGGACAGAUGGUGGUGGACUUUGCAAAGAGGAUGGAAAUGGCAGUAGUAAAUACUUUCUUCCAGAAGAGGCAGGAACAUAGGGUGACAUAUAAGAGUGGAGGCAGAUGCACUCAGGUCGACUACAUCUUGUGUCGACGUUGUAAUCUGAAAGAGAUCAGUGACUGCAAAGUGUUGGUAGGGGAGAGUGUAGCCAGACAACACAGAAUGGUGGUGUGUAGAAUAACCCUGGUGGUGAGGAAGGCGAAGAGGACAAAGGCAGAGCAGAGGACAAAGUGGUGGAAGCUGAGAAAGGAAGAAUGUUGUGAAGUCUUUAGGGAGGAGUUGAGACAGGCUAUGGGUGGUCAGGAGGGGCUUUCAGUUGACUGGACAACUACAGCAAAUGUGAUCAGGGAGACAGGUAGGAGGGUACUUGGUGUAUCAUCAGGUAAGGGGAAAGUGGACAAGGAGACUUGGUAGGAGGGUACUUGGUGUAUCAUCAGGUAAGGGGAAAGUGGACAAGGAGACUUGGUGGUGAAAUGAGGAAGUCCAGGAGUGUAUACAGGGAAAGAGGCUAGCUAAGAAGAAGUGGGACACUGAGAGGACUGAAGAGAGUAGACAGGAGUACAGGGAGAUGCAGAGUAAGGUAAAGGUAGAGGUGGCAAAGGCCAAACAAAGAGCAUAUGAGGACUUGUAUGCUAGGCUAGACAGUAAGGAGGGAGAGGUGGAUCUGUACAGGUUGGCAAGGCAGAGAGAUAGAGAUGGGAAGGAUGUGCAGCAGGUUAGAGUGAUUAAAGAUAGAGAUGGAAAUGUACUGACAGAUGCCAGGAGGGUGAUGGGAAGAUGGAAGGAGUACUUUAAGGAGUUGAUGAAUGAGGAAAAUGAAAGAGAACAAAGAGUAGAAGAGGUGACUGUUGUGGAACAGGAAGUAGCAAAUAUUAGUAGAAGUGAGGU